AUGGCGCCGCCUCACCGCCGUUCAAGACCGAAGAUUUCCCUCUGGACGCGCUUCCGGAUAUGGCUUCGACGCCUUGAGUCCCCUCUCCGAAUUCGGAGCAGUAUAAUCCGUCUCUCCCAUCACCAUAACUACCCUCGACUUGCUCUCCUGCGUUUGUUCAUCCCCUUCCCUUCCUGGUUCUUCCCAGUACCAGGACCCUUCUCCCCUCGUGCUUUGAUAGAAGACGAAAAGCACGGGACCGGAAUCAUCGAGCGUCAAUUCGGCGACAUCACCAACCUUCGCGCCAUUCCAAUCUGGCAGAUGCGCGAUACCCAGCUGCGAUGUAUCUACCGUCUCUACGAGCUGCAUCUUGCAAACCGUUAUGACAUGAUUGGUUUCGAGACUGAGUACUUCUUCUAUCGGCCGGAGUGGAAAGUCCGAGAUAUCCCUGAUCCCGCAGACCCGGAUCCGAUCCGGUAUGCUCUCCUCGCGUCAAUCGUUGAGGAAUUGCACGAAGCCGUUAACUGGCGGUUGAGCCUGGGCUUGCGGAGAAAUCGCAAGCAUGUAUAUCGUGAGGAGGAUAGUGACCCUUUCCCUCCGUUUACCCCUGAAGUCCUUCCGGGCUGGACUAGACAUGUGCCCCCGAUUGAUAGGGGUCUCCUCAGGAAAUCGAUGCCUGCGGAAAUGCUAGAUGCCGAGGGUAACCUUGUAUUGGAAGAAGGUGGCAAGGAUGAAAACUUCGCUAGGCGCAAUAUUGUAACGAAUACGGGCUGGUUCUACACAAUCUAG